AUGCGUGCUGCGGGGCGUACUUGUAGCGGAAGCAAAUCCCUAAUCUUAGCUAAUGCGCAAGGACCCUACACGGUUCAGAUUAUCGUUCAACCCGGCUUAGGAUUGGGAGCACCGACGCGCUUCCAGCGUCGAAAUGAGACAGAGCCCCCACAGGCGAGCCAACACAGGGUUGGGAAAGGAAGAUCGCGACCCACCCGCACCGACAAAAUUGGUAUGGAAAAGAGUCGAUUUGUAUGGAAAGCGCACGGGGCAGCGCUACCGGUUGGCCAUGCAACAGGCCAGGAUGUUGCUGUGAGUGUCCGAGCUAGCCAAAUAUAUGACAUGACGAUGACAUACAUUCAACUCCCUAUUCUUCCACUGCAGACAUUCGGCAAACCGUGGGAAUUGCUCCCUGGUGAAGCGGCCCCCAAACGCAGGGAAACACACUCCUCCAUUCUCCAAUACUUAUCCGCUUCCGCUGACGAAUACCCGGCAGGCCAGUACCUGAGGGUAGAAGAGCCGCCGAGGAACGAACAUAAUGAGAUGAUUUGUGGGAUCGUGGGCUGUGAGAUGGAAAUUUUCAAACGUCGAUGCCCAUGGAAUAAACAUAUGGACAAGCAUAAGCGACCCGUAUUAAUGCCUUCUACCGAGAUACGAGACGAACGUGAGGGACAUGAAAUGGGAGAGAACGAUGCUUAUAAGCGCAUACUGUGUCCCAUCGCGAGCUGUAAGCGAGCGAGCAAUGAGAUUGAAGAGACUGAGAUGGCUUUAAGGGACGAAGAUGCUUCUAUCUACGACUAUAUACAUUGCGUCUCGAGAAGUGAUGUGUUUGACCCGUGUUCUGUGUUCUUCGAAACUGCUAUUCCCGUGUGUGUGCCGUACUCGAAGCCUCAUAUCUCUGCCCUUCUCCCCCUAAUGUUUGGCCGUCGUGCAUGCUUUCUUGCCCUCGUGCCCUCAAGACUUGAAAAUAUGUUCUCUAAGUUCCUAUGUGGCCUUGUUUUGGGUGUGACCCGCCACCGAACGCAGCGGCAGCAGCAUUUCGUCGUGACUCAGCUCCAUGAGAGUAAUGAUCCGCUUUGGCGUGCUGUCGAGUCUACUGAGCAAGAGAGCUCGAGCGCGGAUCUCUUCAGACCCACUUGGACACUGGGUAGGGCGACAGUGGACGACAUGCCGGAUGUCUGUGAAGUGAUUCGUGUGAGAGGUGAUGCUGUUCAGCCGAGGGCUCGUCGAAGUAGGACGUCGCAAACUUUGUCGGUUCUGUAUUGUUGUUUGGGCUCCGUCGUCGCUCUUGUUUUCCAAAAUCUGAUUUCUCGAUGUUUUGUCGUGUUUUUCGCGGGAUCGCUGUGUCCAAGCCGGCCGGCCUUAUGUCAGCAAGCUUAG